AUGAGUUCUGUGAGUGGUAGUGGCGGAAAUCGUGGUGGAAACUCUGGUGAAAAACGUGGUGGACGUGAGAAGCGUGAAUAUCGAAAGGGAGUGAAGCUCAGAAAAUAUACUCUCCAGGAAAAGAAAGAAAUGGUUCAGAUGAUGAACAAUGGUGCAAGAACAUGUGACAUAAUGCGUAAGUUUAACUGUCCUGAAUCAACAGUACGAUCAGUGCGCAAAAAUAAAGAAAACUUGGCUGCUUCCGUGAAGGUGUUUUCUCGGUUUCCCUCAGCACGCACACUGGCUGAUACUUCACAGCGCAACAGAUUGCUUGCAAUCAUGGAACAUUACCUAAAUGAAUGGGUAAUCAGAAGGGAUCGAGAGAAGGGUGAUCUUUCUGGCCCUGCAAUAAGAUCACAAGCACGGCUGUACUUUGAUUCAGUGUGCCGUAAGAAAAAUGUUAACCCUCCACCCCAUUUUGCGGCUUCUGUAGGCUGGCUAGCAGCAUUUAAGAAAAGAUAUGAAGUUAAGUAUGCCCUGAAGCAUGGUGAAAGCAGAUCAGCAGAUGAGGAAGCAGCCAGAACUUACCCAGAGAUUUUUCAACGUCUUGUGACUGAAGGCGGUUACAGCCGUGACCAGAUUUUUAACUGUGAUGAAACUGGGAUUUACUGGAAGCGGGCACCAAAAUCAACCCUCAUCGCCAAGAAUGAAAGACAAGCUAGGGGUGUGAAGCCUUCCAAGGACCGCAUUACUGUUUUAUUCACAGCUAAUGCAAGUGGCGACUGUUUGAUGAAGCCCCAAGUCAUCUAUCGCUCUGCUAAGCCUAGAGCAUACAGGAAUUGCAAUAUGAACCAGCUUAAUGUUUAUUGGGCCAGUAAUAAGAAGGCUUGGGUCACGUCGGCACUGUGCACUGACUGGUUCGACAAUCAUUUUGUCCCUGAUGCCCAGAGUUAUUGCAAGAGGAAGAAUUUAGAUUUCAAGGUGCUGCUAUGUAUUGAUAAUGCUCCGGGGCAUGGUAAAUUCCUAAUAGGGCGUCAUCCUAAUGUAGAAGUUGUCUUCCUCCCGCCUAAUACAACAUCACUUCUACAGCCUCUUGAUAAAGAGUUCAUCUGCAACGUCAAGCUCUUUUAUUAUCAGUCUCUCUAUGAUGACAUGCGUGUCAAGAUUGACUCGCUGCAAGAACUAGAGAGGAUUAAGGCUGAGCUAAGCCUGGCAGAAAAUAAACAAUGCUACAGUGUUACACGCUUGGAAGUUUUGUUAGGUGAGGUCGGAACAGCUGUGCGUGAGCGCCAGCAGGAAGCCACCACACUCUCACAGACUGUAGAAGCUGCACGUCUGAUCCCUGCACCUGGCUUUUCGGCUGUGGAGGCCAGUGACUUGCAAGAAAUUAUUGGUAUCCAUCAAGAGGAGGCUACUAUUAAGGAGAUGCUUGAGGAAGAUGAAGCUCAAGAUGAUCCUGAAGAGGAUGGACAGCAGGAGCAAAAUGUUCAGCCAGGCGAACCGACAACUGGGCAACUGACUGAGAUUCUCACCACCUUCUCACGGCUGACUGAACAACUGGAAGAAUAUGACAGGCGCCCAUAUCCACGCAGCAUAUUACAGCCAUCUCUUGAUCAAGUGAUGAACAUUUAUAAAGACCUCUACAUGUCUCGUGUUAAUGCUCGCCACCAGUCACUGAUCACAGGAUACUUCAGUCAAUCACAGGCUGCCAAUGCUCUGGCUAACGUAACAGCUGAACCAGGUGAAGAUGAAGAGGAUGUCGACGACCUGCUGGGCCUUUUACAGGAAGAUGACAUCGCUCUGGAUUUUGAUGGCUUUGAAGCUGAGGUUGCACUCAAUGCUGGGGGUGAUGCACAAACAGUGGAGGAGGGAGCAAGUAGCCAGUAG